AUGUCCUCCAACGGUCGAAACUCACCGCCGCUACCUUCGCCGGAUACUCGCCGACGUGCUUCAGUCACCAGCCAGACGUUCCAGGACCUGUUCGGCCGGUCAAACAGCUAUGUAGGCCAGCAACAGCCCUCUUCAGGCCCCAUCACCACAGCAGCCGCCAAUGCUCAACGGCGGCGGCUCUCGCUCACCACGCUUGGUCUUGGUGCCUCGCCCGGCCAGACAUCACCCUUCCUCCAGACCCCGCGAACCCGAACCGAGAGCAUCUCCAGCGCCAACUCUGGCUCUGUCGACGAGAGCCCAUUCGAGGAUGAUUACGCCCCUUCCACGUCUGCUAGCAGCAGCAACCCGGCCACACCCUUUGUUCGACGGCUGAGCUUCGGAGCUCGUGCAAUGCGGGAUGUCAGGCAGAGCAACGGAGGCGUUGGGAACCCAAAUGGUAGACCACCCAUCCAUAAAGCUUCCUCUCCCCCGACUGGUCGAGGUCGAGGUCUGUCUUCAUUGUCGCAGUCAUUGCCCUCUUCCGCUACCUUGCUUCGUCCCUUUACCCAUGCACAUUCGCGGCGAUCUACAUCUAUAUCACACAUCUGGCCUUCCACUAUUGCAGAGCAGUCCGAGAAUAUACUGGGAAACUACUCGCUAACAUCGUCUUCAACAGGCGAAGGUUACAAUUUCGCUGAGAACCUCCGAUCGCGAGCCGAGCGAGGCUCCAUCUCCGGCCCUAGCGGAAUGUUGAACCCGUCUCCUCCAACGCACCAGCGUGCUAAGAGCGUCACAAUAAUGGAGCCACCUGCUCGCGAGAUGCCCAAGCCCAAGGUGCCCGACGCCAUGCAGGAGCGGAUCCUCAAGGGCGACUUUUACAUGGAUUAG